AUGGAAGACCAGACAGAAAAUAAAAAUGAAGAAAAUCUAAAAAUCUCAAAGAUCCUUUAUGAAAACUCCGUAUACGUUGGAGAGGUCAGAAACGGAAAACGUCACGGCAAAGGCACUAUCUCCUUCCGGGACGGAAGGAGAUAUGAAGGCCUUUGGGAGAACGACCUCCGCACCGGCUACGGAGUCAAGAAAUAUUUGAAUGGAGAUCACUAUGUAGGCCAUUUCCAUGAGGGCAAAGCCCAUGGAAAAGGCAUAUACACAUGGAAAAAUUCAGAUAUCUAUGAUGGCGAGUGGAAGCACGGCGUUAAAGAAGGCAACGGCAUGUGGAAAGGCAUUAAUAACGAAUCAUACAUAGGCGAGUGGAAGAACUCCAAAGCCGAUGGCUAUGGAGUUCAAGUCUGGGCUAGUGGUGACCGAUAUGAAGGAGAAUGGACCAAAGGCCUUAGAAACGGCAAUGGGACUAUGCUCUUUGCCAAUGGAGAUAUUUACAUAGGGGAUCAUAAGUUGGGAAAAAUGCAUGGAGAAGGCCAAUAUUUAUGGAGCAAUGGAAGUGUUUACAUCGGACAGUUCAAAGAUGGAUUUAAACAUGGAAAAGGUAAAUGGAAAAAGGACAAGAAAGACCAGAACUGCAACCAAUACGAGGGAGACUAUGAAAACGAUCUUAAAAAUGGAUUUGGACAUUAUAAGUGGAAAUCAGGCAAUGAAUAUAAAGGGAAAUACAGAAAUAACCUGCGCCAUGGCUUAGGAGAAAUGUUCUGGACGGAUGGAUCAAACUACAAAGGAAUGUGGCAUAAAGGAAUCCAGCAUGGCAAAGGAAGGAUGGAAUUUCCAGAUGGUAUCGUCAAGGAAGGGAUUUUCCAAAAUAAUAUCUUCCAAAGACCAGCCUACAGUAAAAUGGACCCAUCAAAUGGCAAGCCUAUGAAAAACUCUCAUUAUUCUUCCCUAGAUCGACUAGCCAACACUACAGCAGCAACUUUCGACUCUCAAAAUAGAACCAAAUAUGGUGCAAACUCGAACAAAAUUAUUCAAAAAUAAUGCCUUCAAAUCACUUAAAUUAGGCAAGAAUAAAAAUUAUCAAGAUUCCCGUUGGAAGAGAACAACACAGUACAAACAGAAGGAAGAUACAGAGAAGCUGCAGUUGAUCUCAGAGUACGAUCUGAGCAAUGGGUCUACUAGCCUUUGUAGGGAAAGACUCUCAAUAGAGGAAACAAACUUCAAUACUUACUAUGGCAUUGGACCAGCCCAUCCUUAUAAUAGUAGAAAGCAGGUUGUGUCUAGUAUUUCUACUCUUAGAAACAAGGCUAACUUUACCGUAGCCCGGGCUGAUGCUAUCUCUCAACCCAGAAAAUCAGGGGUUAGUUUGAGAAAAUAAGGGCAGAACAAUGAAAAGAAAACCCAAGCAAGGUCUUAUUGAUAGGACUUUGAACAAAUCACAAAAUAUAUAUGCUCCUAACAAAACUUCAAGCUUUGUGGUGAAUAAUAACCGUAAUAGGUCCAAAGAUUUGCCUAAGCCUCUUGGUUCAAAAAAUGAUAUCAGAAUCAUUAAAAAUCUGUCAAAAUUACUAAAGUCCACCCAGAUUCGUAUCCGGAAGGAUAAGAAUCGUACAAAGGCUCUGAAAUCCUUUACAAGUUCGAAAAUUCAGAUCCAAAAUGCCUUCAAAGACUAAAUUAGACUAGAACAAUUCUAAAAUCUUAAGUUUCA